AUGAAAUAUAACACUGACACGUCGAAGUGUCACCCCGGAUAUUGGGAUUUGCAUUCAGUUCUGGAUCAAAACUUGCGAGAAAUUGUCAUUCGAACCUUACUUGCGAUUAAACUUUGGUUAACGCAUACACGUGCAGACGAGCUUUCUCUUAAAAACGUCUUCAGUUGCCGCAUUGCUGCAGUAAGGUAUAAAACUUGUGUUGAAAUGGAAGUACUUCAGAACAGAAUAGCAGAGGCUGGACUAAGGAUUUCGUAUAAUCCUCCCGGCGAUGGGCUAUGUUUUUAUUCGGCUGCUGGCUUUCAGUUGGGGUUGUCUUCCAGGACUGUGCGUAAUAUGGUGUUUGAGUACUUGGAGAGUAAUCGUUAUGAUGUAAGUAUAACUUUUUUUUAUCCUAAGAUUUAGUUUGAUAAUGAUGUGAUAAAAAAUGUGACUGCUGUAAGCCUGGCUGUUAACUCAGGAAGCCUCGCAUAUAUAUUUCAGAUGAGUUGUGCAGUCGUCCUUCUAAGUAUUCUACUAAUAAAUCUAAUGAUUUGCAAGCUCAAACUGCGCUCGGAUUUUAUCAUUCAUUAAAAACUAAACACUGUCGACUAUUUUAAUACAGUUGUCUGAUUCAAAGACAGUCGUUACACUAGCAUAGUCAAACCUGAAAUAUUCUAGCCUACGGAAACUAGAAGUAUCAAUAUUCAAUAAAAUAGGGUAGAAUUAAAUCAUAUAUAAGGAUAUCAUGCUUCGCUACGGUAUAUCACUCAAUAAUAAUAAAAUAGUCACCAUCAAAUUGAAUUGAAUUUGGUUUCCUGCAGAAAGAUGGCAACGACCGAAUGGAUUACAUUUGCGAUGAAGACAUUGGACAUAAAAAGAAGCCUUCCUCUUGGAGCAGCGCUUUAGCCAUGCUAAAAGAAAACUAUGCCACGUCAAUGAUAUUGAGGGCAUUUGCUGAAGUGAUUGGAAGGAGUGUUUUAAUCCUGACAGCUAAUGGG